CAACCUGAAUCCACAUCACUGUGUACUGUACAUGAACCUCCGAAGCGAUGCAUCCCCAGCGCAACUCGCCACUUCACGUCAAAACUCGCAAGCUUGGAAUAGAUUGGUCCUCAACCACGCGACCGUUCUGCUAGCCUUUUAUCUACUGUUUUGACACUCUUUCGCCAUCAGAAUGGCGCAGCACGAGAGUUUUCUCGCCGCUGUAGUUGCAGAUGCCGACGCGCUGAAAGCUCGGGCAGUGCUGGGCGGUUUCACCGAGAUGCGAGAGCGACACUCGCUCACGCGCGUCCAGCAUUUCGAGCCUCAGGACUUGACCGUCAAGGGGUUCCCCACGAUCAAGCAGCUACAGAAGGAGCGGGCUCCGACUGCAGCUCAAUGGCAAGAAUUGCACCAGAUCCUCGUCAAGCAACCAUCCACCCUGCAGGUGCGCACCGAUAUCACUGACAUGGUUGAGAAUACGGUGCGAAUGUGAGCAGCCAGCCCCAUCUGCAGCACUCUCCCUUUCUGGGUUCUCGGAUGUCCGUGAAGCUAACAACGAUGCUUUUUGGUCAGGGGGGGCGAACCGCCCCAUGAAAUACCGGCAGACAAGCUCCGUGUGGUCAGAUGGACCGAGUUUCCUGAGCCCACCAACCCUCGACUCCCUUUCCUGACCCAGCGGAAGACCAUCGAGAUCAGUGACCCGAGGGCAGAGAAGAUCCUCGCUGACAACAAGUUCAAGGUCAAGUCGAACUUGAUCGAAGAGUCCUACCACUGGUGGCUCAACAACCUCGAGUACAUUCUGACCCGGACGUUCAUGGUCGCAGGCCCAGCUCCUGCAGCAUCGCAGCCAAUACCGAACCUCACGUCGAUGGAACCGCUGGUCCCUUUCUGGAUUCUCUACGUUCGCGCCAGGGUUGAAACGACCGCCCCUGCCACGAUGCCGGAGCAAAUUAGGAAUGCCCAAACCCGGCUCGUCCAUGUCCGGGGACAGCUCAUGGGCGUUUUCGACUUCAAGGUGUUUGACCGUCGUUGCCACGACACCCGGAUACAGGACAGACCUGCCUAGGCCCCGGGAGCACUCCCAAAUCCUUCGCAAUCGGAUCUCGGCCAUAUCAGUCUGCACCACGGCUCGGACCCGGAGGAUGGCGGACUCGGAUGAAGCAAUGGUCUCCGAUGAUCCCGGCCACUGCAAACGCUCUCAGCUGAUGUGAAGACUGAGAAGGUGAAGCCACCAAUAGCUCGAGCACAGAUAAAUUAUCAAAUCUCUUCUUGCCUCCUGCAAAGUAAUUAGAAGUCUUUCCAGCUUCUGUCUUCCGCGGUGCCUCUUAUGCGGAACAAAAAUGAUCCCAG